AUGAGGACACAAAGUUUUACAUGUUUAGUUCUCAUCUUCAUUGCUUUCAAUCCUUCAAAUGCAAAACAAACACAACCCUUUUCAGAUAUCAUCAACAUCGACCAUUUCCUGAACAAAAUUUAUCAAUGGGGAAGUGAAACAAAUGGAUCCCUAGAAUCCCAGAUUCUUAUGUCAGGCCCUUUGGUGCUAGCUGGAGUCCUAUGCUUCAUAGCUUCCUGUAUAUCUAGUGUUGGUGGAAUAGGAGGUGGGGGUCUUUUUAUUCCCAUACUAACUAUUGUGGCCGGCUUAGACCUGAAAACAGCUUCAAGUAUCUCAGCUUUCAUGGUCACAGGAGGAUCAGUUGCAAAUGUUAUAUGCAACAUGUGCAUCAAAAGUCCUAAAUUCGGUGGCAAGUCAUUGAUUGACUAUGACAUAGCACUUUCAUCAGAACCAUGUAUGUUGUUAGGAGUGAGUGUUGGAGUUAUUUGUAACCUUGUAUUCCCAGAAUGGUUGAUUACAGUACUGUUUGCUCUCUUUCUUGCUUGGUCUACCACAAAAACUUGCAGAAGUGGUUUGCUGUUUUGGAAGAUUGAAUCAGAAGAGAAAAGGAAAAUUGGACUUGAGGAACUUGAAAAGGGGUUGCAACAAAAUGGAAUUAUUGAAGAAAAUAAAGGGUCAGCUCAUGUGUAUGCAGAAAAUGAUGGGCCAAAAAGUAUUGAAGUGCCUAUUCUGGCUCCUCAGGAAAAUAGCGAAGUGAGGAUCCCAUGGUUGAAAUUGGUGGUAUUACUUUUGGUCUGGUUCUCUUUCUUCUCUAUCUAUCUUCUUCGUGGCAACAGAUAUGGACAGGGAAUCAUUCCAAUGGAGCCAUGUGGUGUGGGAUACUGGAUUCUGUCAUCAGUUCAAGUACCUCUUGCUGUGGUUUUCACGGCUUGGAUUGUAGUUAGGAAAGAAAGCCUGAGAGACCUAACUCAUACACCAAAGGUGCCAGGUCUUAUCAGAAAUAGACCAUCAAAUAAGCUUGUUUUCCCCUUGAUGGCACUACUAGCAGGGAUACUGGGUGGUGUCUUUGGAAUUGGAGGUGGAAUGUUGAUAAGUCCACUUCUUCUUCAGGUUGGAAUAGCUCCUGAGGUAACGGCAGCAACUUGCUCUUUCAUGGUUCUCUUCUCUUCUACCAUGUCAGCAUUGCAAUAUCUGUUGUUGGGAAUGAAAGAUGUAGAAACUGCCCUCGUCUUGGCCAUAAUGUGUUUUGUUGCGUCACUUCUUGGAUUACUAGUGGUACAGAGAGCAAUUCGGAAGUAUGGAAGAGCCUCUAUAAUAGUUUUCUCGAUUAGUAUAGUGAUGUCUUUGAGUAAUGUUCUGAUGACUAGCUUUGGAGCCAUAAAGGUGUGGAAAGACUUUAAAUCAGGGGAAUAUAUGGGGUUCAAACUACCCUGUUAA